ACAUAUCUCACUUUCAUGAUCCAAACUCAUUAGGGCUACGAAAGAGAGAGACCAUGUCUUCCUCUGCGGAUGCACUGAGGCAUGGAAGGGGGACAAACUUCUUGUAGCCAACGAAUGGGAUGUAUCAGAAACAUGACUGCGACGUCGCGCAUAUGGAAGCCUCUGUUUUCAGGUGAUUUUGUUGUUCGAAAUGCGUCAGUGUAUCACCUGAAGACUCUGCAUCCUCAGUCUCUCCGAGAAGACUCCACCGCGAACACUCGGUCAUUUUAGAAGCGUACAGUAGAAACUGAUGGUCACGUUUUAAUCACACGACGAGAGAACAAGAAAGCAUAUUGCAGUACUUCAUAGUGGCCCCCUCCACGGAUAAAUAUGGACGAGGAAUGAGAUAGCUUCACUGAAAUGACUCUAUUGCCAAGGAAAGUGUCCCUCGGACAGAGAGAGCAAGCGUGCAUGGCGGGAUGGCGAGAGUUGCCGGCACCUUCAGACGUGGAGCGUAAACGGAUGAAAAGCACGGUUAUUUCCACGACUUCCACGACAUCCGGUCAAGACCAGAGAUUCGGCGUCCGUGACAUUGCCGGUAAGCCCACAAAAGUCGUUUUCAGGUAUAAAAUAAGGGAGAUAGCCCGAAAAGCGGUGACAAACUGUAAAGGUAUCGGAGGACCAGGAUUGAGGGAGGCCGGCAAAGCAAACAUCUCAUUGUCUCCGCCUUACCUGAACGUUCCUAGGCCCUGGGUUGGUAGCGACUCCUUGGUAGCUUCGCAUGUCUUCCCACUUUCAUCAGUUCUGGUUAUCCUUUCUUUCUUCAUGGCCUGCAAUACCCCUGGAUUAGGCAAAAUCUUAGUCGCAGGACGCUGUCAGUGCGGUCCAAUUAUGCCCUUCGCUAAACGCAUAUUGAAACGCACCCGCU